AUGCCAACAGGGACCAGCAGCUGCCUCGCAUUGGCCCAGCCCAGCCCGGCCAGUUGGGCAUUUACGGCCCGGGGCACAGAAGAGGCUUAUCUGUACCCGCGUCUGCCAUCGUUGCUCCGGCCGCCCCAUCCGUCCACUCCGCCUGACUCAACGCUCGCUUGCCACCUCGCCGAGGCCGGCCGAGGGGCGUCGACUCCAAUUAAUUAUCUCGAUUGCCUUCUCGGAGGAAAGCUAUGUGUUUUCGCGAGGCCGGCCGCAAUGGUAUUUGACCGCUGGGCAAUUUGCAAAUCCUCUUGUCACUUGAAUAGGUUAAAUGAAGGACCGCGGCCCGAGCGGAAUAUGUCAGGCGAGCCCGUGAUUAAUGCGCCUACCUCGAAGCACGUAAACGUAUAUAGGCUCUCCCACCGACAAGAUUCUGGCAAUGGGACAUGGUUAAGUAAGCAGGAGGUAAGAAAGCAGCGUUUGCGGGAAAAAGCGAUUCCGAGAGAGGCGAGUUUGACUAUCCGUUUUGCUAGAAUGGAUAAGACGUGGGGCAAGCCUGUGAUGAAUCAACAAACAAAUGCACUUACGCGCCCAUGGCCAAAAGAUGUACGACCUAGCGAGGGGAUGGGGAUAAAGACAGUUUUCAAACAAACUCUGACACUUUCUUUGGUUAUGCCCUCUUCUAGAGAGAACUGUGACACGGCCAUUGCAAGAUUAAGUGCUCCUGUUGUUGAUCUUAUCUUGGUAGACCUGUCGGCCGAUCCACCAAAGAUUAGCGGAUCCCAAAAAUGCCUCUAA